GGCUGCAACUAUUGCGGAAGCAAGAAGUAUUCUUUAGAAAAGAUUGAAGCACCCCAGGACAAUAUGCUGGCAUGCGAGAGCUGCACAAACUGGUGGCAUGUACGUUGUCUGGAGGGGAAAAAGCAACUCGAAGUAUCUGCGAGGAGCAGGUUGCCGGGGUCCAAAUCAGAAUUAUCAUCCCUUCACCUGAUGGAUGACGAUGAAGACUGGUAUUGCUCUGGAAAAUGCAUGCAUGUGGCCGUGUUCUUAAAUAAAUUGGAGGGGAAGAGACUUCCCGUCGCGGGUGGGUGCAACUGCACCUUUGAGGUUACUAAGUACCGAAAGGGAGACAAGGCCAGUGAGGGCACAGUGGCCUCUGCGCUGAGGAUCCUCCACUCGUGCUUUCGCCCUGUAGUUAUGGAGGAUGGAAGCGACAUGAUAGUAAAUUUGUGUCAUUCUACCUGUUCCGAAGGUGACGAUGGCGGCUUCGACUACAGUGGAUUCAGGGUCAUGGUGCUGCGGGAGGGAAGACAUGCGGUUGCAGUUGCCACACUCCGGGUUUUCGGCACAGAGUUUGCCGAGAUUCCCUUCGUCGCAACAAAAUCAGGCCACCGAAGACGCGGCCACUGCCGACGCCUGUUCCGGGUGAUUGAAGAAAUACUGCGCUCUGCCAAGGUGCAGCAGCUGCUCAUUCCAUCGAUUAAGAAGUUGAUGAAGUUCUGGGAAGAGAAAUUCCAAAUGAGGAAAGUCCCUGCCAAGGAGGUUGAGAAACUCGAGGAGUACAUAAUUCUGCCAGACCUUGCCAGCUCUGUCUUGAUGAGGAAAGAGAUUUGCAAGAAGACACGCGAGAGAGAUUAUGGACUAGGUUACUGUCCAGAAACAGAUGGCUGCAUCCCUCAAGAGUCUGGUUUGCACUUUCCCACUGGAAAAAAAGCCCCUGAAAAAACAGGAUGUCACAACUUGAGGGAGGAGAGUACGAAGUCUCCUAUUAAUUCUGAUAUGCCAUUCUGGUUCUACCAGAGCUCCGAAGUACCUCAUAGUAUCUGUUCUAAACGGACUCGUGGUAGAAAAGGCGGCAAUAAGGAGGGAGCAUCGUCAACAACCAUGGAUGGGCCAACAUCCAAGCAAAUAUUGGUGGCUAGUCUCUAUCAAGCAUCAGGCAAACCAAGUUCUGCCCACAGGCCACAGGGAGAACAGCUGUGCAACGACGCUGUGCCUGCGGAGGAAGAAGAACAGCGAGUAUCCAAGCGGAGUAUGAUGGCUCCGCACUCACCAGCUCCAGAUCCGUGUCAACUGCGUGCUGGAGACAGUUCAAGAGAACAGAUAGGCAACACUGAAGCAACCACUGCGUCUCCCACUGGAGAUGCAAACAGGGAAACUCCCAUGUCAGCGUCACACGUGGUUGACAUGGAUCUGGAGCUAUGCAAGGACACCACAUCGGCGGAGGAGGAAGAACAGCAAGCAUCCAAACGGAGUAUGAUGGCUCCGCACUCACCAGCUCCAGAUCCAUGUCAACUGCAUGCCGGAGACAGUUCAAGAGAACAGAUGGGCAACGCUGAGGCAACCACUGCGUCUCCCACUGGAGAUGCAAACAGGCAAACUCCCAUGUCAGUGUCACAUGCAGUUGACAUGGAUCUGGAGCUGUGCAAAGAUGCUGCGCCAGUGGAGGAAGAAGAACAGCGAGUAUUUAAACAGAGUAUGAUGGCUCCGCACUCGCCAGCUCCAGAUCUCUCCCAACUCCGCGCUGGAGUCAGUUCAAGGGAACAGAUAGGCAAGACUGGGGCAACCACUGUUCCUCCCGCUGGAGAUGCAAACAGGCAAACUCCCAUGUCAGCGUCACCAGGUUUCGGUCCGUCUGGAAGAUCUCCGGAUAGUCGCUGUUGUGCCUCGAGCCUGUGCCCGGGGCUUGUCCAGUUACCAGAUGCUCAGGAACGGGUAGAAGAAGACUCAUGCAACUUGAAGAACUGGGCUUCUGGGGAUGGGUUCUUCUCCUUUGAAGCCUUGCUGGAGGGGGGGGAGAUUGGACGGGAUGCCAAUCGAGGCUCCAACUCGAAGUUUAUGGAUGGGUUCUCAUUUCAAGCAUUGCCCGAGGGGGACGGACUUGGACCAACCACCAAUGAAGGCUCAACCUGGGAGUGCAAACCUUUGCCAGAAUGUCCAUGCCCCCUUGAGGAGGAAGGCACUAUAGAUCCGGUCUGCAUGAUCGGCAGAGAAUCGUCCACGUUGGUGAUCAGUCAAAAUGACAUAAACUCCGGCGAGUAUCUGCAAAGGCAAAGUAUGUGUGAAUUGGAUAUUAAUUGCCCGCAGACGCCGGCCUAUGGCCCUCCAAGUUUUCAUGUGCACAUUGAGGAAGUGGGAUCUCUGGUAACUAUGGAGGAAAUGGAUGAUGAAGGAGCACAUGUCAUCAUAUCCAGCUUCCAGAUGGCUGGCAGGGAGCUGGAAACUAUCAAGCCGCUGAUCGAGGCAGCAGGCAUGAAGACGGAUAGUCGGAAGGUGGUCAAAGUCACCAUCAAUGUUCAUUGUAUCGGCGAGAGUGGAGAUUCGAUGACUGCCGGAGCAGGAUUUUCGGCAGCCAGCGUGAAAACCUUGGACUUGGCAGAUAAUCGGCUGACAGCUGGUAUGACAACGGAUAACCUGAGUCAGAACAUGGACGAAGGACCAGACUCUGGCAACAAGCAGAUUAAUGAGACUGGAGAAUCUGAUAUGCCAACCACGAAAGGAAGUAUGUGUGCAUUGGGUGGGGACGAAGUUGAGCCUGAGGAAGGACAUCUAACAGCAGAGAGGAAGGUGCUGGAUGAUCAACUGGCAGAGAGCAUGCAGAUGGGUGACCUUCCAACAGCAGGUGCAAAGAUUGAUGAUCUGAGUUACCAGGAGGCGACACCAUUCGCUGGUGACCAUGAGAUUGAAGACCUUAGGGAUUUGCCAACCGCCAGAGACUCAGCGUGUGAGGAACGAGUGUCAAUGGCAGGUAUGGAGCCUCAAGGUGGUCUGGGUACCCAUCAUGUUGAUAGACGAGACUUGACAGAAGUGGCUUGGUUUGGGGAUUCUGAAGGUGUGCACGCUGGUCACCCCUCAGAGCACUCCAAGAAGACUCCAUGUAAUUCAAGUUGUGAUCAUGAUGAUGAACAUGCUGCCACCGAAAGCCAAAUGCCUGACCCCUUGGAAUCCGAAGAGAUCACGGACUGCGAACCAAUGCAGCAUGCUGAUCUUUGUCUUGAGUGGUCAGAGAUAGUGCAGUCAGCCCUUGAAACGUGGCAAACUGUGCCACCAGGUGUUAGGACAAAUAAACAGCAGGGAGAAGCGGACGGAUUUCUUCUCAAGGAUGGUCGAAUCUUCUUGGAUAUGGAACAGAUGCAGCAUGAACUAGAGGCUCUCUUGGGCUGUAUGUCCCCUGAGGUUUCCAAAGUGGUUCAUCGUAAAGUAAGUCAGGUGAGAUUGAAGGCAGAAGAAACACUGAAGAAGAAGCUGGCAGAGAAAGAUGACGAGAUAAGUCAGGUGAGAUCGAAGGCAGAAGAAACACUGAAGAAGAAGCUGGCAGAGAAAGAUGACGAGAUACGUCUUCUUCAGCAACAGCUGAGGGCUUCCCAGGCGGUUCGUCGAUGCGCACACCCGGAGAUGUCGUCGAUGAUCAAGCCUCACAAUCUACACCAUGCGGAUAAUUGCUGCCAGACUAAAUUGUUGCUGAUCGAAGAAUGACAACCAGUUUGCCAGCACGGCCCAGUUUGCAGAGUCUGACGUUGUCAGGAAAUGAAAACAAAAGUGGGGUUAUAAC